AUCGGCCCAAAGUGUUCUCCAUCUCGUCCUCCCUAACGACUCCCGACUCACGAUGUCUUUCACCCUCCUCCGCGCCCUCACGAUGUGGGCCCUCGUCGCCACCGUCCUCUUGUCGAUCCCGCACGUCGACGCCGCCACGCUCAAGCAGGCGCAGAUGAAGGACCUCCGCGAGCGCGCCACCCCCGUACAAGCUCGCUCUCCUCAGACCUCUCCCCAAAUGCGCGCGCGCGCUCCGGCGCCUCAAGUCUCGCAGAUGCGUGCCCGCGCCCCGGCGCCGCAAGUUUCCCAGAUGCGCGCUCGCGCCCCGGCACCUCAAGUCUCGCAAAUGCGCGCCCGCGCUCCGGCGCCCCAGGUUUCGCAGAUGCGCGCUCGCGCCCCCGCCCCGCAGGCCUCCCAGAUGCGUCGCGACAUGACCGUCCUCGACGACUCUCCGGACCGCCGCUGCGCGCGCGAUUGGCAGAGCUGCCCCAUCUUCGUCGAGAGCAAGAUCAAAGGCUACGAGUGCGUCGACGUCCAACACGACCUCGAGUCCUGCGGCGGGUGCGUCGUCAACGGCGAGGCGCUCGGCGACGGAGGCCGCGACUGCAGCGCCAUCUCCCACGCCGACGGCGUCAGCUGCAUGAAGGGCCGGUGCAUCAUCGAUCAAUGUGCCAGCGGUUACGUCAAGUCUGCUGACGGCCAGGACUGCGUGCCAUCACAGCCCAGUGUCUGAACGCCCCAACGUCCCGUCACCACAACCAUAUCGUAUCAUCCACAAUACCUAAUCC